CGAGGUGGCCCCACCAGCUCCGUGCAAAGGCUGGGGGGAGAGGAGGGCUGCUGGGCGGUGGCAUCUCUUUGAUGCCCCUCUUGCAUGGGGAAAAAAUGGAUGAGGCUUGCUGGGGAAGGGGAAAAGUGGUUCGGAAAAAAAAGAGGGGACGGGAUCUGGAAAGCAAACAGUUUGGUUCAUACCUUAAAUAAAUGUCAUGCUGUACUUGAGAAACUUCAAAGGGCAGUCAGAUUUCAAAGCAUCUCUUAAGAAGAAGCAGACUGAGAAAACCGCUAAGUUGGGAAGAAAAAGUUUGCAUUAUUGCUAGCAUAAUUUCAUCUGGCGUUCUGGUAGCCUCCGCGACGGGACUGAGCACCAUACAUCUUUUAUCCAGAGGGUGUGUUUUGGUGCUGAUUUCUUCUUUCCCAAAGCGUUUGUGCAACCUGUAUGUUGUGGCAUUUCAAAAUGCAAGCACCCCUUUCAUAUUGUUUGGCAACGCAUGAUAACUGUUCUUUACGGUUUAUAUUGUUUAAUUUCAGUGUGUAUCUAAUGAGCCCUUAUUGUCACUCGAUGUUCUUUGUAAUGCAGCAAGAGGAAACAGAUCGUUUCAUUUCAUGACUGUAGGUUUGUUAAGCAGAAUUGCUCACACCAAGUGUUUCCUAGUUCUGUUGUUUUGUUUUCUAAGCAUUCACGGUAACACGCAUAGCUGCUUCUUCCUGCAGCUAGAAGAUCCAGGAAGAAAGACCCCGUCUUCACUUCCUUUCAAGUACGUAGUUACCAAAAGUAAGAUUUGUAUGCAUAAAGCAGUAUCUCUGAACCUGCCAGCUAGAUUUGGGUAUUUUCCUCUGCUCAUUUUAAGAAACAAUUUAUCCCCUGAGCAUCACUGGAGAGAAGGGAUCUCACAGGUACUCCUUGUAAAAAAGCUUGACACUGAUACGCCUGCAUCAUACCAAGUCUGAAGAAGACAGUACUGUCCCCUCCUUACAUCUCAAAUGAACCCAGGCAAGGUGUUCAGAUAAGAAAUUACAUCCCUUCACUGCUGUUUUCUCACCUGUACUGCUGUUGCUUGGUGCAGGUGGCCUGAGCAGUGCAAGGCCCCUGGGCCAGCGGGCAUAAGGUUUGACCAUGCUUUAGUUUGUUACAGAGCUUAGCUUGGCAGGUAGUUUUGCUGAUUAUUUUCUGAAGAAGGAAGGGUGUGCUUGUGCGGGAAGAGGUACAGAAACACUCAGGAGAAUGUAAUCCCAUGAAUUUAAAAAGUACGCUUUUAUGAGUCCUGAAAUUUCCAUCUCUCCGAACUAAGGAGUAUUCUGCAAUGAAUAAAUGUUCUGUUAUUUCUGGGGGGAAGGGAAUGGCUGGUUUCGUAAUGCUUCUAUAGUCUUUAAAGUGUCAGGCAGCUUUCCUCUUCUUUACCAUAUUCCAGUUUUUGUUUUCAAGCCAAGGGGUUUGCAAAUGCAGAUAGUGAUGCUUGUAUCAGACUGGAGGCUCAAGAGAUCUCAGAUUUUUACAAUGUUCUGGGGAGAAACAGUGCAGCUGUGAAAGGCUCAGCAGCACUGCCAGAGACAGUCCCAUACUCCUUAAGCCAAACUUAUCAUCCCUUUUGUGGACUUCUUUUUGUCCAUUCAUUAACUGUCAAUUCUAACGGUAUAUUAGUUUUUGGUUUCCACUCCUUUCAGUGCUUUCAGAUCAGAAAUUGGAACAACGUCCUCAGAUCUUUGACCUUUCCUUCAGGAAAUUGUGUUAGCCAUUUUUCUUCAUUUUUUCUCCCUCCUCUCCCUCCUCCUAACCCCCUCCCCCCGCGCCCUGUAUAUUUCCACAGUGUUGUCCUUCUAUAGGACCCAGCAUUUCCAAACAUGUGAGCUUUUAAUGUUGUCUGGGAUUGCACCAUGCUCACUAGAUUGCAUGACCUUGCAAAACUGUCAGCCCUGGUACAUGUAUAUCUUUAUUUAUCACCCUAUGGUAUCAAUACGCUCAUUCAUCUUCUUUGGCAGAACAGCUCCAUCUUCUGUUUUAUUUUGUGUUCUGGAAGUGCAGGCUAGAUAAGCUGUGCUCAGAAAAAAGUCUCUGCUGUUCCUGAUUCCCACCUCUUCACUUUGCCAGUUUUGAACCUAGCAGUAGGUGAGUGCUCUACGCUGAAUUGCUGACAGUCUCGUCUAAAGAGUUGCCUCUCCCAGAGAACGCAGUCCAAAGCUCCGUAAAGAUAAAACUUUCCAUUUUUUUACAGCCAGCAGAAUCCACCAGUCUGCCUGCAAUAUCAGCUUUUUUCUUGCCCCAUUCUUGAUGUAUGGGAACUCUAGCAGCCAGUUUUCCCCUCAGGUCCUGGAGCCAUCCUUUGCUGUUUGUUAUUUUUUAGCCUUGCACAGUUGCUCCUCCCUGCCUGCUAGAAACAGUACUCCUGCAUUCUCCAAUCUUUCAUUUGUUUUUGUCAUCGCAGGCUUCACCGUUGCUCCAGAGGGCCACCAUUUUAUAUAAUGUCCAAGCUUGAUCACAGCUGUACUGGCAUCAGGCCCUUUGCUACCAAGCCACCCAUCAUAACUUUGCUGACUUUCCUUCAGUUCUCCCUCGUGAUUCCUGGUGGUGACAGGGGCGUUGUUAGGCUGCUCUGUUUUCUUUUCUCUAUUUUUCUGCCUGGUUAGAUAACAUCUUGCAGUUUUCCCUCCUCAUCCUGUCAUGUCUUGCUUUUCCUCCUCCUCAUUAAUUUGGGGGUUCUGUGUAGUUUUCUGCCUGUCUUGCUCUGCUUUCUCCAGGUGACAGGCUAUUUCCCGGUACAGUAUCUCUUCGGAGCUCUCACUGCAGUACCAGCCAAGCCCUGGGUGGAUUAAUCCAGUAUUUCCAGUGCAGGGAGGCAGAACAGGAGUGAACAGCCAGCAACAGCUCCGCUGCCUCAGGUGCGAGGAACAAACAUCCCUCUCUGAGGAGCCUCUUGGCGCCAAGGGUGUCCUUCGUCUUUGAUGGUGCAAUGGGUCUCCUCGCAGUCCGGGCCAGCGGGUAGGCCAUUCAAGAAAAGCACUUUAAGAAGCAAGUUGGCCAAAUGAUAAAAGAAGACAAUAUAUCUAACAAGACCGCUGUACAAGAAGGUGGACUUCUACUAGAAUCACUGAACGGUUUUGCAUUGGUGGUGAGUGCAGAUGGAAUGAUAUUUUAUGCAUCAUCGACGAUUGUGGACUAUCUAGGGUUUCAUCAGACUGAUGUAAUGCACCAAAACAUAUAUGAUUACAUUCACGUGGAUGAUCGCCAGGAUUUCUGUAGACAACUGCACUGGGCCAUGAAUCCUCCCCAGAUGUUGUCUGGACAGCAACUACAGACAGAAACAGGAGAAGAAUAUAUUCUCAGUAAAUUGUUUAAAGCACAGGAGAACGACAGCAUGACAACAGAUUAUUCUCCCUUCUUAACUCGCUGUUUCAUCUGUCGAGUUCGCUGCUUGUUGGACAGUACUUCUGGCUUCCUUACAAUGCAGUUCCAAGGCAAACUAAAGUUUCUUUUUGGACAAAGGAAGAAAUCCUCAUCAGGAACAGUACUGCCACCUCAGCUGUCCUUAUUCUGUAUAGUGGUACCACUUCUGCUCCCUUCUGUGACAGAGAUGAAGAUGAAAAGUCUGCUUGUGAAAGCAAAACACAAAGCUGAUGAUGCAGCAGCCGUGAAUACAAACUCCAGUGCCAAAGGUAAUUCAGGGCUGUGUGAAGCAGCAGAAAUGUAUGGAAGAAACAGUCAUCAUGAAGGUGCCGCUUUCACUAAUGUGUUACAGAUUGCUGAGAACCAAAUCAAAGCAAAGAAUAAUGGAGAAAAUGGCAUUUCACUAGUCAAAGUACAAACAAAUGAAGAUCACUGGGUCUGGGUUCAAGCUAACACUCAACUUCUGUAUCGAAAUGGUUGUUCAGAAUAUGUCCUUGCCCAACAGCAAAUGUUAAAGGAAGAAGAUGAACAACUGAAGAUACUAAGCGGUUUUGCCAGUUUGAAAGGGAACCUGGAAGGACUUCCCUAUAACAGUGCCAUUGAAACUCUGGGCCAGUGGAAACACCUUAACUGGACAGCAGUAAAAAACGAACAAGAUAAUGUAAAAGUGAAGUUUGAGCCUCAUACAAACAGUGAGUGUUUUAUGCAAGAGGAACCUCUCAGUUCCAACACAUCAGUUUCAGGUGUUCAAAACAACUGCACCACAAACAGUAGCUGGACUUUAAGAAACUCAAGCUCUUGUUCUAUGAGCCAGCGAAUGAGCACGUGUUCAAACAGGAGAGCUGGAUCAUUCUACAACAGAGACCAAAGUUUCUUAAAUUUAGCAUCAACUUGCCCUUCCCACUGGGGGAGCACAGAAAACUGCCAGUCUUACUCGAGUGUGCAACAGCGUUGUGUGGAGAACUAUGCAACGGACCAUCCGAAAUCGCAGAGACCAUUGAUAUCCUCAGAGUCUGCCUAUGACGCAGCCUUUCCCUUAGAGAUGCCUAUCAAAACAGAAUACGAUUCUGACUCGGAAAACAUUGCCCAUAACUACCUGAUGUCGCAAAACCGAGCCUGGCUGGAUGAGAAUGGCUCGGUGAGAAAGCAGGUGUUUAGCUACCCCAGUAGAGUGCACCUCAAAACAGAACCGGACCUCUGUGAGCCAGCCUCACCUUGUCAGAAGCCAAGGCACUGCCUCUACACGCCACAUAACUGGCAAUGCAUCGUAGCAAAUCACCCCAGCAACCUAAACCAGAACAGAUCUUGCAAGGGUUCACAUAGCAAGGAGGUGGCCCCGUUUUGCCCUCAGAACUCAUCUGCGUGUUCGGAAAGCAUGCCCAGCCUGCCGCACACAGCAUGCUACGGCCACUUCUACAGCCCCAGCCCAGGGGAGGAGAAAGAGCACAAUAAUGAAGUGUUCAAAAUGCCGUGCGAAUUUAAAAUGCCCUGCUUGGUUCAAGCAAUCAAGCGUGAGCCCCGGGAUUCUCCACCGUUGUCCAACAGUGGACAGAACAGAGUACACACGAGCUUCCCUGAAAAUACAUUAGCAGGCUUGGACUCACUGUCACACCCUUCUGAACGGGACUACCUGGACCUGGUUUCGCACUACCUUGCAUCUUCUCUCAUCACUUACAUUGAUGCAACAUGACUGUAAAGCACUGUUAUCCUCAUCUGGACAUGCUGGUGCCAUUUUGCAUGGUGUAAGCGGUUACACCAGGUGCAACUCUGUAGAGGACUGUGCCACUGAAUGCCUUGUCUGUGCUCAGAAAUAUCUCUUGGCAUGACUACAGUGGGAGAAAGAUACCAGCCAGAUUUCUCUCUUUAAUGCAGAAGCAGUUUAUAUUAACAACAGCAGUUCUCUACAUAUUUCUCCAUUACAGAAUAAAUGUUAUUUUGUCGACAUUAUCUACUCUAAGGCUUUACUGCUUUAUUUCAGUUGGGAUGAUUUUUCUUAUAUUUCCAACAAACCCAGACACAUUUUACACAUCUUAAUCGAUAUUAUACAGGUAGAUGAAGCUUCUGCAUGUAGGAGAAUUCAAUCUGAUAUCAGAGAUGUAACAGAUGCCUUCUAGAAGGAUGGAUGAACGUGUGACUCAGAAGUGAGUUGUCAUCUUCUGACUCCCUCCUGUGUAAAUGCAGUCAGGUUUGCUUCCUUAUCACUCCAUAAAGUGUGAACCCAAGAAAAACACACUUAUCCUGCAAAUCAUAUUUGAAUUUGGCCCACUUAAUUUGUGGCCAAGUUGUUAUUCCAGGUAUCACAUGAAAAAAUGUGGUAUCAGUGGAAUUCUUUCUAGUCUAAGUUAUUACACACAUUCAGCAAUUUCCUAAGAAGUGCUUAUUACAGACCAGCAGUUUAUCCUCUUUUUGGACAAUCACUAAGUACUGUUGAUAGUAAGCAAAGACCAGUUCCUUCUAAGUACUUGGUAUAUUGCACCAUUUGGAAAGAACAAAGGAAAUAAAUGCUAAAAGAACCAUGAAAGACAAAGCAGUUCUUUUAAAUGGUUACCUUUUCAUAGGGAUUGCUGUUGCUUUGGAUUAUUUUAAAAGCUAGCACUGAGAAGUAGUGUUUAAAAUAUUUUCAAUCACUGGUGUUUAGCUUUUAUCCUUAAUGAGCUGGUAUUUGUAUCCCUCAAGCACAACCCUAAAGUCUGUUUUAGGACCCUCCCAAUCCAUUUGUUGUAACAACAAUUAAAAAAAUCUUCCUGUAGAAGAAAUGCCUAGACAAACGCUCGCCUGAAAGGGACUUGGAGCAUUCAGACUGAAAGAAAUGCCUUUCUUUUUCCAUUGCUUGCGUCAAACACCUGACUGAUGAUAGCAUUCAAAUUUAUUCAGCCAUAAACUCUCCAGAGGUUGAGCCAGAAUAAACUCAUGAA